AUGGCAGCCUUGCUCCCAUUCACAGCUGGCGUCAACUACGAUGAGGAUCAAGAGAGCUUGCGUCUGUUCUUUAACGAAUUCAAUGACAAGUCAGUAACGGCUGAUGGAAUGGACGUCGAGACGCUUCCAAAGUAUAUACAAAUCAUGCAACGCAUUGUCGACAGAGAAGAGAGCGUGAUUACCGUUGAGCUUGAUGACCUUGCCAAGUUUGAGGAUUCGACUCAUCGCACUGUCGCCAAUAUCCGUCGCAAUACCAAACGCUAUAUCGACAUCCUUUGCAACGUGAUCGAUUCCAUUUGUGAGACGCUUACACCACGCAACCCUGAAUUGAUUUACAAAGACAGCGUAUUGGAUGUGAUUAUCGACCAACGACGAAGCCGUGAUCAAAACCGUGUUGGCACUGCUGAAGAACCUUUCCCACCUGCUCUUACGCGUCGAUAUGAGGUUUUCAUUAAACCGUUGUCGAAUUCGGAGGCCUUAUCCGUGCGUCAAAUUAAGGGCAAUCAGCUUGGCAACUUGGUUACCGUACGUGGUAUCGUCACCCGCGUCUCUGAUGUCAAGCCUUUCCUCCAAGUCAACACUUACAGUUGCGACUCUUGUGGCUGUGAAAUCUUCCAAGAAAUCAAGCAGCGUCAAUUCACACCUUUGACCGAAUGUCCUUCAGAGGAGUGUAAGAGCAACAACGUCAAGGGUCGUCUCUAUAUGCAAACUCGUGCAUGUAAGUUCUUGGCCUUCCAAGAAGUCAAGUUACAGGAAUUGGCCGAUCAAGUCCCUGUUGGUCAUAUCCCCCGUACAAUGACUGUACAUAUGUAUGGUGCCAUGUGCCGUCAACUUGCGCCUGGUGAUGUGUGUCAUACAUCCGGCAUCUUCUUGCCUAUGCCUUACACCGGUUUCAAAGCAUUGCGUGCUGGUCUUCUCACCGAUACAUACAUGGAGGCUCAAUACGUUCACCGCUUGAAGAAGCAAUAUGAUCAAAUCGAAAUCACACCCGAAGAGCAGAUUCGUCUUGAAGCUUUGCAACGUGAUCCCAACAUUUACAGCAAACUUGCUCGCAGCAUUGCUCCUGAAAUUUAUGGUCAUGACGACGUCAAAAAGGCAUUGUUGUUAUUGCUUGUUGGUGGUGUGACUAAGACCGUUGGCGAUGGCAUGAAGAUUCGUGGUGAUAUCAAUAUUUGCUUGAUGGGUGAUCCUGGUGUUGCCAAGUCUCAAUUGCUCAAGUUCAUUGCCAAGGUCGCCCCUCGUGGUGUCUAUACCACCGGUCGUGGUAGUUCAGGUGUUGGUCUUACUGCUGCUGUCAUGCGUGAUCCUGUCACAGAUGAAAUGGUGCUUGAGGGCGGUGCUUUAGUAUUAGCAGAUAACGGCAUCUGUUGCAUUGAUGAAUUCGACAAGAUGGAUGAUUCGGAUCGUACCGCUAUUCACGAAGUUAUGGAACAACAAACUAUCAGCAUUUCCAAAGCUGGCAUCAACACAACCCUUAAUGCACGCUCUUCAAUCCUUUCAGCUGCUAACCCACUUUAUGGCCGUUACAACCCUCGAUUAUCGCCUACUCAAAACAUCAACUUGCCUGCUGCAUUGUUGUCUCGUUUCGAUAUCUUGUAUUUGAUCCUCGACAAGCCAUCAGAUGAUUUGGAUCGAUUGUUAGCUGAGCACGUUACUUACGUCCAUACCCACAACAAGCAUCCUGAACUCGACUUUGAAGUCUUGGAACCACACAUGAUCAGACACUAUGUUGCUGCUGCUCGACAAAAACGACCUGUGGUGACUCGCGAAGUUUCUGAAUAUAUCACUGGAGCCUAUGUGCAAAUGCGUCGUCAAUACAAGCGUGAUGAGGAAAUGGAAAAACAAUUCACCUAUGCAUCUGCACGUACGCUUUUGGGUAUCAUUCGUAUGGCACAAGCUUUGGCACGUAUUCGUCUCUCCGAUCUUGUCGAAAAUGUUGAUGUGGAUGAAGCCUUGCGCCUUAUCGAUGUUUCCAAGGCAUCCUUGAUGGACAAUGACGAUGGUCGAGAACGUGGUGCCGAUAGAACUUUCAUGACCGGUGUUCUCAAUGUUGUUCGCAGCCUACGCGAGAUUCAUGGCCUUCAACUUGAUAUGGCCACUAUUCGUGAGCGUGCACUUGCCCGUGGUUAUAGCGAGGUACAAAUCACUGAAGCUAUUCGAGAAUACGCCAACCUUAACGUCUGGCAAGUCAAUGCUACCAACACCCGCCUGACAGUUGUGGAGUAA